AUGUAUCAACAAUUGGAAAGAAAGAAUUGUUUGGAAAAGCUCUAUGACAGUGUCAAAAGUUUAAAAAGAAAUUUUCAGAGCUUUUUAAGCAACAAUAAGCAAUACCGUGUUGAGCCUGUUGGAACAAAUCCCAAUGAAAUUUACAAAAACUUCAUUGUUCCGUACAUCAAAACGGAAUUGGCUUUGUUGGGUUUUGAUAUGUUUAACCCUAACUAUAAACUCACCCCUUUUCUAGCUUUUAUUUUCGUCGAUGUCUCAGUUUAUUUGAUCAUCAACCUCAUUGAUAUCUGGAUUAUUUGGGGAAGUGACUUGCAAACGCUCGUCUUUUGCUCCGUUACUUGGAUGCUUGGCUGGACCGGAUGGAUGCUAACUGUGACAUCACUUCAAAACAUUGUUCGGUAUGCAGACUUGCUUAAAAUUGUCUACGAGUUUGGCGACGAUUUAAAUUCAAAAACGGAAUCUGAGGAAAUUGAGAAAUACAUAAAGCAUUCCAAGAUGUGCAAGAAAUUGGUAUUGCUAACAACAGUACUUUGCGCUGGUGGCGGCAUAAUUUGCACUUUUUACCCAAUCGUCAUUUAUUUUGUCACAGGUAAUGCGAUUUUGCCAUACGGUUUUUUCAUCCCUGGCGUAAGUAUGACGGAAAAUCCUGGAUAUCUCAUCAACUAUGUUUAUCAAGCGUUUCAAUGCUAUUGCACGGUUCUUGGCACAAUGAAUUCAACAUUUCAUGCAUAUCUUUUCUUUGCCAGUAGUGCAUUUUUUCAAGUUGAUAAUAUCAUUAUCAAGUUGCACAAGUUGAAUGCUAACAUUGAAGCAAAACCUAAUGAAGAUGGUAACGAAACGGAAAUCUUGAGACUUGUGAAACUUCACCAUAGAUUUCAAAAAUAUCUUUCGAUGAUCGAUGAAGCUUACAACAAAAUGUUUUUCUUCAACAUUGUCAACUAUACAUCAAUGACAAUUUGUACCCUAUUUGUGUUAGUAAAGAAAUUAUGGUUUAUCGGGUACUAUUUGCUUCUCGUUAACUUUGGAUUGAUAUUUUUACCUUGUGCCAUUGGGACAGCUAUAGAGAUCAAGAAUGAUGCAUUGUUGAAUGAAAUUUAUGAAGUUUCAUGGUAUUUACUUACACCAAAAGAACGAAAAAUUUUCAAAUAUUUCUUGAAUGGAGCUCAAACAACCGCUAUGCUAAGUUGUGGAGGGUUUUUACCCUUGAAUAUGACUACAUUCCGGGUGACAUAUGCAAAAGUUUAUUCAAUUUUCAUGUUCUUACUUGAUACUCAGAAGAAAAAGUAA